UCCCCAUUCCGUGGAGACUCCGAAUCCCCAUCCUCAAACCCUAACCCCUCCCUCUCACCCCGAUCCGAUCCCUUCCUCAUGCACGGCAGCGACGACGAUGUCGACUACGGCGACGACGCGCGCCUCUUCGCCGGGGUCCGCUUCGCGCUCGUCGGCUUCGACUCCGUCUCCGAGUCCCAGUAUCGGUCGGAGAUGGCACGGCGCGGCGGCGCGGACGCCGGCGGGCACGGCGCGGCGGGGUGCACCCACGUGGUCGUCUGCGGCCUCGUCUACGAUGAUCCGGUGUGCGCGGCUGCGCGGGAGGGCGGGAAGAAGGUCGUGACCGAGCUGUGGGUGGACGAUAGCCUGGAUAUGGGAGCGCUGGCCAACGCUGACCGGGUACUAUAUAAGCCCCAGAGAGAUUUGAAUGGUAUACCAGGUAGUCAGUCGCUUAAUAUUUGCCUGACAGGGUACCAAAAGAACAGGCGUGAAGACAUAAUGAAAAUGGUUACUUUAAUGGGAGCAAACUUCUCAAAAUCUUUAGUAGCAGGCACAAGCACCCAUCUCAUUUGCUACAAAUUUGAAGGUGAGAAGUAUGAACUUGCUAAAAGGGUGGAUAUCAAACUUGUUAAUCACCGGUGGUUGGAAGAUUGCUUGGAGGCUUGGGAAAUUCUUCCAAUUGAUAAUUACACUAAAAGUGGUUGGCAACAAGAGAUGAUGGAAACACAAGUUGAGGACUCUGAAGAUGAAGCAGAAGAUGUCGGGAGAGGCUUAUCGCAUAGUAGAGUCAUUCCCAGAAGCGUCCCAAUCACAAAAAUUAGAACAGCAACUCAUGUUGAUCCUGAUCGCCGCACACCCAUUCGUGGUCCUACUGUCUCCACUGGCAAUGCUCAGGUUGGUGCAGGAGGACACAUGGACACUCCAAAACAGGUUAUUGAAGCAGAAGAUAUAAGCAAAAUGUCAAUUGACAUCAGAGCUGACGUACAAAGCACUCAUAACACAAAUGGUGUGACAAGUUCUGCUGAUCCUGAGGCACAUGAUUCUGUCCAUCCUCCUGUUAACCCCAGUAACAAUGAAAAGGCUCCAGGAGGUCACAUCAUUGGAGAUGAAGCCAAAUAUGGUGAUAAAAGGGCAGUUGAUACUACAGCAAGCACCCUUUCUACUCUGAACACAAGUGGGGCCACAGUUCAAGCUGAUCAUCUUGUACAUCAACCAAUUGUGACACCUUCUACUGAAAGUCCCUUGAAGAAAACAUUGCACUCAUCACAUACGUGUGAAAAAGUAGAUCAGAAGGAUGAUGAACCUGUAGCUGAUCUUGCUGCCAAAGUUGUUCAAUCAAAUGUGCAAGGAAAUGUAACCUUGUGUAAGGUUAAUUUAACAUCAGCAGGUAAUUCCGCGCCAAAGAAUACCCCAGUCUUAAGCUACUCCAGUAGGCGUUCUCGGAAGUCAGUCUCACCAGGAGCUAAUUUAAAUUCAGUUCACCAAACAGCAUCUCCCCAAAGUUCCAAGACAAGUACACUAAAUGAUGAGCUUAAUAUCUCCCCAUCGGUGAAGAGCAAUCAUAAAAUUAGUAAGCAUACUGAUGCCAAAAGCCUGCAAGACAAAGCAUGUGCACUUGCUCAGAGGAAGAGCAGGUUUUCUUCAGUCGGUCCAAUAACGCCAAAUGGAAGCACAGACUCAGCAACUGGAACUGCAGAUAGUCUGUUCUCAAGCAAGGAAAUUGCAUCUGAAGCAGCAGCAGUUUCUGAUCUUGUGAAAAAAUCCACUGGAUCUCAACCAGUCAAAGUUGACAGUAAUAUAAACAGUAAUGCUACUGUUAAUCUUGUGGAGAGGCAAAAGUCUGGCUCACCUAAAAAGAAGUUGAGCUACAGAAGAACUUCUUUGAAGCUUACAAGGUCUUCUGAAGUAGAAAAACUUCCUGAAAGUUUUGCUAAUGAGAAAAAUUUGGAGUCACUGGCUAAAGCAAAGAAACAGCCACGGCAUGAGGCAGCAGUUGAGAAGGGAUGUGCUAUAAGCCCUUCUGUUGAUUCUGAACUUGGAAACACAAGUUCGAGUCUCACACUUGGAAAUCUGGGUAUUGAGAUGGGUGAAACACCGCAGGUUAACAACAUUGAAGUUGUAUCUCCAAACUUACAACAUGAUAAGGUGGUUUCUUGUGCAACCACGCAAUCAGGUGCCCACAAAGCAUCAACUUCUGGAGUGAAGAAGGCAGGUGCCAAGAGGUCUCGGAAUGCUGGCAAUGAGACACAUACAGUGUCUGUAGAUGGUGAAAGUGAGGCUGCAGCCUCUAAGUACAAGCAUGAUGAAGUUAUUUCCCAUGAAGAUGUAGAACGAGAAGCAGAAAAAGAUUGUACCAGUCCGAAUGAUGCUGAACGUACAACAUUAUUUCCUGAAAAAUCCUCAAGCAGUAGAGCAAGGAAUGCAGCUGCCAAUAGCUCUUUGAAUGAAAACAGUGAGAUGAAUGAUGUGAUAGCGGCUUCCAACAUGAAGAAUCCACAGGGAAAUAUCAACAAAAACCAUAAACAGCUUUCAAGUGGUGCAAGUGCUCAUGAAUAUAAAGAAAGCUCAUCCAAGAAGGUGCCAAAUGCCACAGAAACGAAUGAUGUUGCAAACGUGUCUCGAUCUGUCAAAAUCAAGAUGACUGAAGCACCAUCCGCUGAUAAAACCAAGGCAGGUUCUUUGAUAUCAAGUUUAAGUGGGGUGGUCCCUCAAGCUUACACUGAAAGGCUUUCAAGCAAUGGAAGUGCUAAUAAGCAUGAAAUCUGUAACCCUGAUAAAGGACCAGGCAAGAGAAUGCGCAAUGCAGUUGCCAAGAGGAAGGUUUCUGCUGCCCAACAACACAGAUCUGGUAGUGAACCUUGCAAAACUGGUGGUGUCUUUUCAUCUGAUGCUGAAGUUAUCACAUCAAAGACAGCUGCAGACAGUUCUGGAAAUGCCAACAAGAUAACAGUGGAUCAGGAUGUCCAGAAUGCUAAUAAGGAUGCGAUGACGAAUGCAGAUGGAUCAUUUUGCAAAGAUUCCUCAAAAGUUGCAUCAAAAGAUUUGCAAAAGUCUAAACUGAGAAGCAGCAAAAGGAAAUUUUUGGCAGUUGUAGAGGAUGGUUCUACCAACCAUAACAAGGAGAAUAUACAGGUCAAUGCUAAUAUCACACCUAAAGCAAAAUGUGGAAAUAGCACAAAAGCAGUACAAAAUAGCAAAGAUGUGCUUGAUGACCCCAGUAUUAGAGAAGGAUAUGAUUGUACAACCUUGACCAUGUUGGAACCGACAAGGUUUAUUUUAAGUGGCCAUCGUCUGCUGAGAAAGGAGUACAGGUUGAUACUUCGACGCCUGAAGGGAAGAGUUUGCAGGGAUGCGCAUCAUUGGACUUUCGAAGCCACACAUUUUAUUGCACCUGAGCUCCGCAGAACUGAAAAAUUCUUCGCAGCUGCUGCAGCUGGGAGAUGGAUUCUCAAGUCUGAUUACUUGAGUGCUUGCAAUGAGGCUGGCAAAUUUGUAGAGGAAGAACCAUUUGAGUGGCACGGUGAUGGCCUUAACAAUGGUGAGACAAUAAGUUUGGAUUCUCCAAGGAAAUGGCGACAGCUAAGGCAGCGUACUGGCCAUGGCGCCUUCUAUGGAAUGCAGAUCAUUAUAUAUGGAGAGUGCAUUUCUCCAUCAUUAGACACGCUGAAGCGUGCUGUAAGGGCUGGCGAUGGCACCAUCUUAGCAACUGCCCCGCCUUACACCAGGUUCCUGAAACCUGGUGUCAGUUUUGCCAUCGUAUCUGCAGGCGUGCCAAGAACAGAUGUGUGGGUCCAGGAGUUCAUGAACCACAAAAUUCCCUGCAUCAACGCAGACUAUCUCGUGGAGUAUGUGUGCAAGCCCGGGCACCCUCUGAAGAAGCACAUCCUCUUUGACAUGGACGAUCUGGCAGACGAGUCCCUGCAGAAGCUACAGAAGGCCCAGCGAGAUCUCGGUGCCGGCACCGAAGAGGUGACCGAGGGAGGAGACAACACAGAGCCGAGCUGUUCUGCUUGUGGAUCAAACAACCGGGAAGGGUCUCAGUUGUUGAUUUGCAGCGGUGGUGAGGGAAACCAGGCCAGUUGCGGGGUGGCUAUGCACGUGGAUUGCUGGAACCCGCACCAUCCUGAGCCUGUGCCUGAUGGUGAGUGGCUGUGCCCCAAGUGUGACGAGCACAUGGAACCCCUGAAGAAGGCCAAGAAAACUUCCAGAUCACGCGUGCGCAAGCGCAGUUGAAUCUUGUGGUUCUGUUGCAUAUUGUGUUAAUAAUAUAUGGCAGUGGUGGUGAUGUUUGUGAUUAAAGAUUUUGCCGCAUCUUGUUCUGAUCCAGACUCCAGAUCCGUUCAAGUCAGUUCUAAGUUUGUGUGGAUUAGUGGUUUCAGUAGAAAGCACGCACAAUAGAUUGUAAUGCUAUGUUUUUUUCGCUGUAUCUCAGUUCAGACAAGACAUCAUCUAUCCAUGGUUCCACAAUAACAUGUACUAGCUGUUUCUAUUGAAACAGAUGUGACAUGCAGAUA